AUGAGGAUGAAGAUGAUGCUGAUCUCUCAAAAUAUAAUCUUGAUGCCAGUGAAGAAGAAGAUAGUAAUAAAGAGAAAUCUAACAGACGAAGUCAGUCAAAGUCUCGGUCUGCACUUUCAUGAUCUUCAUCACGCUCACCCUCCCCUUCCCGUUCAAGUUCUCGUUCCAGUUCCAGAGAACGUUCGAGAUCUCGUAGGUCGAAAUCAAGAUCCAGCUCCAGGUCCCACAGGGGUUCUUCUUCCCCCCGAAAAAAGAUCUUACUCAAGUUCAUCAUCAUCUCCUGAGAGGAACAGAAAGAGAAGUUGUUCUACAUCUUCUUCAUCUGGUGAUCACAAAAAAAGACCAACAGGAUCAUGGUCACCUGAAAGCCGGGUGA